AUGGCCAUCAAAAUGUUAACGACAGAGAGGCUGGAUGAUGUGGAAUAUGGCAUCUACAGCCACAGGCUAGGUGACAUGUGGUUAGUUGGUGGAGCUUCAAACACUGGUGGGGCAGUCCUUCGACAGUUUUUCACAGAUGAGCAGAUGCGCAAAUUGACACCCUUGCUAAAGCCAUCAGAACCAACUGGCCUGGACUACUAUCCACUGCCAAUCCAAGGAGAAAGAUUCCCAACGAAUGACCCGAAAUUGCAACCACACAUGGAUCCACGGCCAGACAAUGAUGCAGUGUUUUUCCAAGGACUCCUGGAGGGUAUUGCACGCAUUGAAGCAAAGGGCUAUGCUCUGCUUGGCUCUAUGGGGUCUUGCCCUGUGAACCGUGUGGUAACUGCUGGUGGGGGGGCUGCAAACGAGAAAUGGAAUCAAAUUCGGCAAGCUGCCCUUGGGGUUCCUGUGGAGCGGGCAAUGCAAGAUGAUGCUUCAUAUGGUGCAGCACUUCUGGCCAGGCAAAGCAGACAGUCCUAUGAGAGACUCCACUCAGACCAGAGAUGA